AAAAAAAAAUGAGCAGUAAACAGUUAAUUUUGUCAACGUAUCGCCAAUUAUUAAAAGAAGUUGACAAGCAGUUCACAUAUCGGAAUAAUAAUAAAUUAUGGAGAGAAGAAGUAAUAAGUACAUAUCAAAAAAAUCGCGACUUAUCAAAUAAAGAAGAGAUUGAAAAUUCGACCAAAUACGCGCUAGAUAUAUUAUGUUUCUUGAGAAGUAGCCGAAAAUAUAAUGAGCUCUUGGAAUUAAACAAUCCAGCUCAUGGAUAUUCUGUAGAAAAACGUAUUGAAUUGACAGCAAAUCGGGUUGGUUUGAAAUUACCAAUAGUCCCUCUUGCUAGAGUACUCGAUGAAGAAGGGCCCGAACAAACUAUUAACGAGAAAGAAAUUUAUACUGAAACUGACAAAGGUGAAAUUUUUCAUGACAAGUGAUAAAAAUAAUUUCAUGACUGAAAAGUAGUAAAUCCUAGAAUAUCUAAUUUAAUAAUAAGUAUUAAAAAAAAUGUUUGUUUUAAUUAAUAAAAUAAUAAAGUUAAAAUCAUAAUCCUUA